ACAACACCCAUACCAGAAGUCCCCGAAUUACAACAAAGUCACAGUAUAAUCAAAGCCUAGCUGCAAUAUAUAUAAAAUGUCACCAUUAUCACCCACCUCAACAAAAGCUCUCGAACGGCUACGGGCGUAUGUCCCCCCGCCAACUAUAUAUUCGUCCCUUCCCAUGUGCCGGCGGGCAGCAGUGCUAUUACUGUUAUUUGCGGACAGGGCUGGCGAACUAUGCAUAGUCUUGACGGUUCGUAGUGCAUCGCUGCGUACAUUCGCGGGCCAAGUUGCCUUACCUGGAGGAAGAGCCGACCGCCCGGACGAGACACCAGUGCAAACUGCCCGGAGAGAAGCUUAUGAGGAGGUCGGCCUCCCGCUAGACUCUCAUCCGUUCCCUUCGCAGGUCUCUGUGGAACAUUUGACAGAGCUACCGCUGUUCCAGGCGGGCACAAAUAUCGGCGUGAGGCCGUGCGUAGCAUAUAUGCGUGACAUUACCAAGGGUCUGGCAGCGGAUGUCGAUGAUAGCCUUAUACCAAAACUCGAUCCUCAGGAGGUCGCCAGCGCUUUUACCGUUCCACUGGAACGCUUUCUAAUGAAUGACUACGAUGAUGAUGAUGGUGCAAUGCAAGGAUUGGACGGCGUUCCAUGGUAUAACGGGAAUUGGUUUAGUUGGGGCGGGAGGAAGUGGAAGAAUCAUGAAUUCCAAGCACCAGUAUGGAACGGAACCAAGCUUCUGCGAUACAAGGUCUGGGGGAUGACGGCGAGGAUUCUGGUUGACGCCGCGAGAAUUGCAUACGGGAGGGACCCAGAUUUCCCUUCCCCGAAAUUUAUUGGGGAUGAAGACUUUAUUGCGUCCUCUUUUGCUGCAGGAGAAAUGGAUGAUGUAAGAUCUGGAGGAUCAGGGAAAGGACAAGAGAAUCUUUAGAUUAGAUGUCGAAAUUUUGAACUUUGCUU